CCGGACUCUCUGCCUCUGUGUCGGCUCGGGCCUGCGGAAGCUCCGCUGCUCCUAGAGCCGCCGCUGUCAGACCGGCUUCGUCUGCGAGAACCCUUCACAGGUGAACGGUUCCGACCGUGUCUGUCCUCUGACGAGCGGACAUGUCUGCUGGAUCUUUCUCGAGAGAGGGACCGCGAUCGGCUCCUACGAUGCUUCUUCGAUCCCAUGUUUGCAGGUCCUGAUCGCGCCGCGUCGCGUAAAUAGAAGACAACUUCAGCCAUCUUGACGUUUGUUACAAUGGCAGUAGAUCAUCUGCUCACAUCCUUCAUCCUCCUCCUCAUCAGUAACACAGGGUUCAGUGCUGAGAUCUCUGUGUUUGUGCAGACGGGAGAUUCUGUUCAACUGGAUAUACAGACACAAGAACUACCAGAGUUUACUAUUUUAUUAUGGACAAAUGAUAAAUCAGAGAAUAUAGUUAUGUAUAUACAUGGAGUUAAAGUAAAUCCUCACUCUUCCUACAAGGACAGAGUGGAUUUCAAUGAUGAAACCUUCUCUCUCACACUGAAGAACAUGCAGAAGACAGACAGUGGACUCUAUACAGCAAGAACAAUUGGAAAAUCAGAGAAAAAUAUUGUUACAUACAGAGUCUCUGUUAUAGACGCUGUGGAGGCUCCUGUUCUGACUGUAAACUCAAACUGGUCCAGCAGUGACUCCUGUACUGUGAACUUCACAUGCAGAGCUCAUGACCUCAUGAUUCACUCCAGCUAUCAGAACAACAGAUGCUCUCCAGAGGAAGUGACAUCAGAUGAGAUCUACACUCUCAUCCUGUACUGCAGUGAGGAGUCCAUCAUCUGUAACCAUAGCAACACUGUCAGCUGGAAAGAAGACAGAAUAAAUAUUAAACAACUCUGUGAAGAUAAUGAAAGACGACCAAUCGAAACUCAUCAUGGUUUAUAUUCUAUGUCUGGGCUUAUGUUUAUUGUGUCUGGUGUUGUGGGAGUGAUAGUGUUUUCUGGUUUGGUCCUUUUCUGUUGCUGCCAGUAUAAAGGUGUCAAACAGAGUGAUGAUACAGACUACGAUGAUGUUGAGACUCUGACACAGAAGAUGACAGGAGAUACCUGGACCACCAUCAGCUACUGUACAGUAGGACACCAAACACCUUCAUCUGCUCAUGACUGCUGAAGAUCAGACUCAACUGGAUAAAAAGACUUUGAUGAUUGACUGGAUUCACAAACAGAGCUUAAAGUCUUCAUUUAACUCUCUGACUUCAUCACUCUUGUGGAAGUGUACAGAUACUCUUACUGUUGUGAAUGAACUUCAAUCAGUUACUGCAGAUGUUAUGAACGAGUGCUUCGCUGAACAAGAGAUUUUAAAAUCUCAGUGGGACUAACCUGGUUAAGUAGUACAAGGUCAAUUUUUAUAGGCUAAUACUUUAGAAUAAAUAAAAUUUGCAGCCAAUGGUG